CAACGACAUACGUACACGUCGGAAGAUAUAAUGUUUAAAGACCUCGGGAAUGGCCCCUCUCUAAUGCCAUCAUUUAUCCCUUCGUUAAAUUCAAGAUCACAACUAUGAGAAUAAUCAUUAGAAGAGCGGCCGGACUGCGGUCAAACCCAUGUCCACUCCUACAAGUGCGAUCAUUCCACCACACAACCGUUGUAACAGCAGCAGGCGUUCAUGCGAACGAGGGCGACGUAAAUGAAGCACAAACAAGUUCACAAGAGCGAGAUACAAAAUCACCCCUAAUUUCGGACAGUUCAGUCAAAUCAACGAACGCAGCCAAGAAGAAGACGGUCGCAGAAAUGGAUGAGGAAUUACGACGGAAACUUGAGGGCAUUUCCGGAGAGGGUGGGGCGUCUGGCAUCGAGUACGAGGGCGGGAAGGCGGAGGGUCUGAAGAGAGGAGUCAAAUCAAACAUGUUCAGGGUAAUUUGAAAACAUUUGAAUCCAGCGUAUGCUCACUGCAGCCCUUUCUCUGCCGGAUGACGGUGCAAGGGCAGGGUUUGCACUACCAAACCUUGGAAGAGGAUGGAUGUUCGAGGCGAGGAGGCAACAAUAUUGGCCAUAUACAAACACUUUACCAGACAACGAGAUACAAUCUACUAGGAGAACCAAUGUCUACUUGGUACCCUUGCUCUAAUUGUCGAAAAUCAGGAGGCUGUUGCCAGGCAUCACUGGGGCUGAUGGCCUGGUUCCGGGCUACGAGUGCUUUGGCAAGCGGCCAGAUUUGCCGUUGGAAACUGAGGGUUAAAUGCAA